GUUGCGGCCAUCAGGAGGCCACAGUCAAAGCAUUCGACGGUUCGCAAAGCACCGCCGUAUCCCCCGCACCUUUUAACUCGUUCUCCACCCCCAGUCCUACCACUUUCUCUCCUUUCUACCCCAAACACACCAUGGCCGACCAGCUGUCUGAGGAGCAGAUCUCUGAGUUCAAGGAGGCGUUCUCGCUAUUCGACAAGGACGGCGAUGGCACGAUCACCACGAAGGAGCUCGGCACGGUGAUGCGCUCGCUCGGGCAGAACCCGACGGAGGCGGAGCUGCAGGACAUGAUCAACGAGGUCGACGCGGACGGGAACGGGACGAUCGACUUCCCCGAGUUCCUGACGAUGAUGGCGCGCAAGAUGCGCGACACCGACAGCGAGGAGGAGAUCAAGGAGGCGUUCAAGGUGUUCGACAAGGACGGGAACGGCUACAUCUCCGCCGCGGAGCUGCGGCACGUCAUGACCAACCUCGGCGAGAAGCUCUCGGACUCCGAGGUCGACGAGAUGAUUCGCGAAGCCGACGUCGAUGGCGAUGGCCAGAUCAACUACGAGGAGUUCGUCAAGAUGAUGCUUUCGAAGUAAAGUACUGGGCCGUAUGUGCCAUUCUACCGCGUCGUUUUCGUCUGUACGGUAUCUAUUCCCAGCCCAUGGUAUGCCUGCGUAUACGAGUAGUGAAGUAUUCCAACAAUGCAAAGUCCAUUAGUUCGCC